CAAGACAGACAAAAAUAAUCGGAUUCUUUAGACAAACACCUGAGCGACCGAAAUCUCCUUUGAAUCAGAAGUCCACGGUGGUUAGUUCGACAGAAUUCAAGAGCAAUGGUUCCGUUUUCGGAGACAGUUCAAGCUUCAUCAUUCCCGGGACUCCUGAACCAGGUCACUGCAGCCCCCUUGCCCCCUGCUCCUCAUCUCCCAGUUUGUCAGCCCGUCCAGCUCUCAUCCCCAUUCAUGUGAACCCCGGAACCUCCACCCCGAUCAAGAACCGUAAGCAUGUAGUACACAAGCGAUCCUCCUUGACCGUACGCCGACAAGCUGAACUUCUUGAAAAACACAGUGUCCAACUGCUACCUGAUAUAGACAUUCCUAAUGAAUCUGAACAAAUGCGUGCGGACAGGCAAGCGAAUGCAGCUGCUAAGCUACGUCGUGGGAAUUAUGAUGGACUAAAUUAUGCCCCGAUCGAUCAAGUUAAGCGUAAUCUGCUGGUUCAAGCAGGUGAAGUCAGAUCAACUUUUAACCCUCGCUCUCACCUACUUGUAUCCAAAGCUAUUGCUCUAAGCAACCGGAAUUUACCCUCAAGUAAACGAGCACCUGAAGAUGCUUCAGCUGGUGUCAGAAAAUGUGCUCGUCUUGAGGAGAACAGCCUGUCAACUGACGGCUUCCCGUCACUUGGACGAGGUAUUAAACGUACCAUAGUGAAAUCCGAAACGUCCAGCAGUGUUGAAGUUCGUUUGGACACUCUGGAAACCAUUGCAAUUAAGGAGAUCUUAGAUUCAGUGGACAUUCCAGAUCAAGUAAAGACACCCGUCAUCAACUCCUCAUCUUUGUCCCGGUCUUCUACAAAACCUGAAAAUUCCGCGUGCGGUGAUGGCGGUCAGCUCCAGGACGAGGUUUAUCGUUUGGCAUCUAGACAUUUAACUGAAAGUGAUGAACAACAGCUUGAAGUUAACGAAUCUCUGGGGCAACUGGACCUGAGUAAUUGGUCUCCUGAGUACCAACCCACAUUUGGUUCUCCCCAAAAGGAUCCCCAAUGUUUACUCCCCAUACGACCAUUUUAUAGGGGCACUGUUACGAAAAUAGACCACACUAGAAGUCGAACCCAAAUGUCCCUUUCUUUGGCUGCGGAUUGUUUGACCAGUGCAUUUCCAGACGGUACGGGUAUGUGUCACUCGCUGAGUGUUGAUCUGUUGGGCUCAUGGUGUGAUACUGAGCUGCGAAUUGGGGACACCAUCCACAUUGUGCCAUCGUCGGACAGUUGCUCCGGGCAAAGGACGCAUCUAAGUAUCGAUGACAACAAUCCAGCCUCUGUGAUAUCUUCAUCAGACCACAUCCCUACGGUACUCAUUCAGCAUCCGGAUUUUUUAUUGUCUGGGACUAAAUUGGUCUCAAGUUUUUUCUGCGAACGACGCACAGUUAUUGAAGAGUUUUGGUCUUCGUUCGAGGAUGCUGCUGUUGAAAUCAACUCUAUAGGUGACCGUCCUGCUCCUGGACGUGUCAUGCUAAUCGGGAGCUUCGUUCACGAGCUUCUCCAAAAGUUAGUUGUCACUCUCAAACCGACGAAAAGUAGUGCCAAUCAGCUUAUCUCUUCCAUUCUAUAUCGACCCGACAGCAUUUUGCAAAUGUACGGUUGCGGAGUCGAACUAGACGAAAUGCGUUCCUCCCUCGGUCCCUACGUCACGAAAGUUUUGCGCUGGAUUGAAGUGAACUGCUGUAACUUUUCUACUGGGACUUGUUCGUUGCCCGGUUGCACUUCAACUUACCCGAUUGUACACAAAGUUGUUAAUGUCGAGGAGAACUUUUGGUCCACGAAGUUUGGCAUCAAAGGCAGGGUCGAUCUGUCAGUUCUUGGGCAUGUAUCCCACCCAGCAGCCCCCCAUACACGCGGCAAACAGCUUUCUCUGAUCCCAAUAGAAUUGAAAACCGGUCGUCCGAGCUAUUCGAUAGAACACAAGGGCCAGGUGUUACUCUAUCUCCUAAUGCUGCUUGACCGCUAUGGUCCUACGUACACUUCGGCGCUUCCAGAGCUUAUAUCUACCGCCAGUACCGGGUGGCUUGUGUAUCUGCAGGAUGAUUCCAUCACACCGGACAACAGAAAGCCCCAUCCCGGCUUCGUCUUUCCUCAAGCAGACAGUUUUCGUGGGUUGUUGCAAACUAGGAACCGCCUAGUCACUCACCUUUGGAGACUGAUCUGCUCACUGUUGAACGGGAACGUAUCUGAUCCAGCCUCGUGGAUGCCACCAAUACCUCAACCAACAAAACAGUUACGGUCCUGUCAACUGUGUCCCGUUCAGAUGGCUUGUAGCUUGCUAGACGCCUCUUGUGCUCCUGUACCCAAUGGAACUAAGUGUCGUACUGUUCUGGAUGAAGUAGACUUACACUCGGUUCCUCAGCUUCUCAGCAGUAAACGGGCGCAUUUAAAUCCUUCCCAUUUGAGUUUCUUCAUGCGAUGGUGUACACUACUCCUACUUGAAUACGCCUAUUCUGACCGUUUGGAUGCAGUGAUCGGUCGAAUUGUGUCUUCUAAAACCUCAUCGGUCAAGACCGCACCAGACGUAGCCGUUAUAUCUACCUCUCAUUGUUUCGAUGGUAUAAGUCAUUUGGCCGAAAAACGAUGUUUACCACUCCGUUCUGCGGUCCUGAUAAACAGCUAUCAUUUGGUACACAAUGAAAUCGACUCCUACUUUGACAUUUUUAUUUCAUCUGUUCACAGUGGUGUCCGUCGAUUGAAGGUUUGUUCCGCGUUCCCUGUAUCGGGCCAUUGGAAGACUGUGUUAAUUCCCGAACGAAGAACCUCUCAAAUAUCUGAAGUGUGCAUGGGAGUCGGCGAAUUUGUGAUCGUAAGCAGCGAUGACAGUCGCCACGUUGGUUUGACGCUUGGGACUAUCGUGCCUUUUACCCAUGAAGUUGUGCAACAACUCGACAAUCGGGCACCUGUUGUUUCAUCCAUUUCACGGACUAACUGUAUUGUACUUCAAACUGAUCGUGCGCUUCCCACAUGGGUUGACCUAUUCCGCUUGGAUCGCUACGUUUCGUCCAAGGCAGUUCAGCUGAACUUGUCAAACAUGGUCGGUCUAAUGCAACGCACCUCCACUGGGCAUUUGAAUACGUGUCAAAAGACGGCAGUUCUACGUGUUCUAAUGGCCAACCACUAUGUUCUCAUCAAAGGCUAUCCGGGUACUGGGAAAACGGAAACUUUGGCGUCGCUGUUACGUGUGCUGAUACGGCUGGGACAAAAGGUGUUAGUUGUUGCCCAUACUCACUCAGCCGUGGAUAAUCUGUUGGUGCGACUGAUUAAGAGUGGUGAACAAAAGAUACUUCGUCUCGGACCAACUGACAGAGUUAAUCCGGAACUAUUGGCUUGUACUUUUGAACAUAUGCUGCAUCAACAGAUCAAAAGUGCUGGUUCAACAACGGACCCGAUUGCCUUUGUUCGUCAGUGUUUAGAGGAUUCUGCCGUUGUGGGUUGCACAGCACUCGCUGCUAGUGGAGGGUCUGGAGCCCAGCAUCCGGCGUUGUGUCGAACUCGAUUCGAUCUCAUCUUGGUGGACGAAGCUAGUCAAUUACUGCUCCCCACUUCCAUUGGUGCUUUACUUUGCCUUCGUUCGAUGGACGAAUCAACAGAUCGUCGAAGCCGUUUUGUUCUGGUUGGAGACCCACAUCAGUUACCACCUUUGGUACAAAGCAACGAAGCGCGGAAAGCUGGCUUGGAUCGCAGUCUGUUCACUCAUUUGCUGGCUAUGAACGAACCGGAAUCCGUUUCACCUGUUUCUCCAAAGUCCGGGUGUGUGGUUGCCUUAAAUCUCCAAUAUCGAAUGAACUCACCCAUCCUUCGAUUAGCGAAUGAGCUAUCCUACUCGAACGCAAUGAAGGCUAUUGAUGCCUCUGUCGCAAACGGAACACUUGCAGACCGGUUGACCCUUUCUUUUGAACAAGUGGUUCGCGUUCCUGAUACCAGUAAAAUUCCGUUGUGGUUGACGCGUGCAGUGAGUGCUCAGUUGGAGGACGCUACGCUGUUCCUUGAUACUUCCCAGUGGCAUAGUCCUGAAGAGUACAAGGGCAUGGAUCUCAAGUUCAGCAAUCCAACUGAAGCUAAGUUGGUCGUCUUUCUCCUGAAUUCAUUGAUAAUGCGUGGAUUGCGUCCCGAAGACGUCGGUGUUAUUUCUCCUCAUCGAAGCCAAGUAGGACUAUUGCGACGUCUGCUCACUGAAACUCCUAUUUCUAAUCCUGGGGACUCAGUCCUGUCAGACGUGGAAGUAAACACAGUCGAUCAGUUUCAGGGUCGUGAUAAACGAGCAGUGAUUCUAUCUCUCACAGUGUGUACACAUGGUCGAGUACAAACAAGCACCUCUUCUGAUGGACCUGGCAAACAUUCUCGGACUGCUCUUCUAGAGGACUCUGCCAGACUUACCGUCGCCCUAACGAGAGCGAAACACAAGCUGCUCAUCAUUGGGUGCUCGGGUUUGGAAAAUGGGGCUUCAGUACCUUCGCCCACAAACAGUGGAACUUUGAGCAAACUGUUUACUCUGAUGCAUAACGUCAGUAGCUGGGAGGUUCUUGACCCGAAAGACCAUUCCAUUCUCGAGGAUUUCAAGUUUUCAUAGCCCUGAAUCCCACUGACAGAAAAUUUUAUGCUGCUAUUUAUGUAUAUUUUUCCAAAAAGUUUUUUAUGUAUCCCAGAUUAGAUCGUUGCGUGAUUUGAUGUGUUCGUUCUUUUAUUUUCUGAAACAAAUGCCGUUUAAUGUCGUUUUUAUCAUUAUGGGUGCUCCUUUUCAUUGUCAAACGAGUCAGCCCAGCGGUCUUCCGUAUGGCGUUCCAAAUGCAAGAGCCACCAUCGUAAAUUCGCGUACAUCCAAGCCGUUUACGUUUUUCCUGUUCACUUCUUUCCCUGAGGUGUUGUUGCUGCUGUCGCGACAUUCACCAGCUGCUGCUGCCUUUUUGUGUUUACAACGGCCUACUUACG